GUUCAAUGGCUUGGUACGAAGACAUUUUGGUUGGCGCCCUUGGUUCCGGCGUCAACGCGCCAACCUUUGUUUUGCUCAAUGUAGUUAUCGGCUUAGCAGUCCUCACCCUCUGCGGGCUCCUAGCCCACAGCAUCCUACGCAAUCCCGUCCUGACGCCCCACGUCAUAGUCUUGCUUAUCCUAGCGUUCGGCCUUUGGGCUUCCAUCAACUGGCUGAUUUCCAAUCUUGGCCUGACCGACGCGGAGGAACAGCACAAGCAGCUUUUCGGAAAUAAGGAACAGGAGGAAAAAGAAGGAGACAAGACACUAAAGGAGAGCUCAGGGAGCGACGGAAACGGGGACACCGACAAGAAGGACAAUUGAGCCGCGAAUUGCCACAAAAGCCCAAUUUAAGGCAGGUCAAGAACAGGUUUGGUUUCUGGCUGCCAUCACCUCUUGCAGCAUCCGCGGUGGCAUCUGGCCGGCUCUGAGGCUGUUGCACGCGCGCGGCUGCCCCCUGGACGUCGGCACCUUUCUGGUGGCGGUCAAGGGAGGGCGCCUGCAAGUGGUGGCCCGGUUGGUGGAGACGCGGGGCGUUGAAGUGCUGCGGUAUGAUGGGUACGCGUUGUGGAGUGCCGUGGAUUCGGGUAGCCUGGAGCUGCUGAGGUGGCUGCGAGGGCUGGGCUGCCGCUGGGCUGCGGAGGAGGCAGAAGAGCUGCUCACUGCGGCUGACCGGGCGGGAUGCGAGGAGGUGCUGCAGGGGUUGGUGGAGGAGGUGGGCUGCUUCAUGGCGGCCUAAAGCGAGCGCCAACUCACAGCCUCCCCGAACGGCGACCUGCUGGCCACACUACGCUGCUUUCGCCGGCUGGGCUGGGCUGUUGCCCCUGGGGCCCCCGCAGUGCCGGCUGCUGACCGGUGCUGCUCUGCCGACCGCUGUGCUGCAGCCGGUGCUGAGCGAUGAUGCUGCUGGGAGGCGGUGUGGGCUGCUGGGUGGGCUGCUGGGAUUAGGUAAACUGAGCCGCGGAAACACUGGCCGGUCUGAUUGGACUGCUGGGAGGUGGCAGCACUGCAAAGUGCGUAGCAGGAGGCGGUGGUGAUGGUUGGUGAUGGGGAGCUGCUGGCGGCCCUGCGGCAGUGGCUGCAGGAAAGCUGGGAGGGGUGAUGGUGGUGGUGGUGGUGGCGGUGAUUGUGGGUGAGGGGUGCGAGGGGGUGUGAUGCCGGCUACAAGUGGACGGGACUGCAUGCGGGGCGCUUUGUGGUGUUCGACGGAUGAUGGAUGUUUGGAGCCUAGCCGGCGAGAUGUAGCGGGAGGGAAGUGCGGGGUUGUGAUGAGGGGUACUUGUUGGGUGGUGGUGGGUAUAUGCCGGCUCGUUCCAGCAUGUGUGGGUGAUGGGAACCCAUGGGAUGGGAACCAUCAGGGCCUUCUACCUGGUUUCACGUGGUGUCAUGGAAAGGAAAACGUCUUUUAGAGGCAUGACCGCAUGAGGAAGGUGCGGGUAGCAAGUUGCUCUGGCACAUGUCGUAGCUACUACGUUAAGGUUUAGCAUCGGGUGAACUUCCGGCGGAUUGCGCUGGCCGAUGUAAGGCCGCGGGCGGUGCAGUCCAGCUGCCACCGGCAGCAGCGGUGCCGAGCACACGCCACAUGACACCUGCCCUGUUGGUGUCAAGCACAUGGGCGAUGCCGGCAACAUCGAUGCACCCAUACGUUCCCAUGCGUGUACGGAUACCACUCGGAUUGCAUGUGAGUGAGUAAAUAAAUUGAAACUGAACCGCAUAUUGAUACUGACCCAUUAGCUGACGAAUGAGGAGGCACGUACUGGCAGCUGCUAGGGAAGCGACUGGUAACUAUGUGAAAUACACGCAGUACGACAAUUGCAGCAGGACGAGUCGUAUGUAUGUACGACACACGUCGCUCGCUGAGCUGCCCUACCCUCAACUGCCCAGCGUACACUUCCGCCCUUACCGUGUGCGCCUUACCAUUGCUCGUC